UGUCACCACAUGCGCGGCAGGCUGCGCGAUUUAUAAAUUUCGUACCAAAUGGUAGCGGACACAAAUCUAUAAUCGUCGGAACUAAAAAUGUCAGCUGCAUCUGUAAGCAGCUCGAUGGUUAACGCAAAUGAAAACAGCAAUAACAGGACAGACGACAGUGAUAAAAAUAAAAUGGCUAGUGUUAAAAAGAAAAUUGUAAAUACAAACAGUGGGAAUGAUACAAUUAUAAAAGUGAAAAGUGUUAUUCCUAGACGAAGACAAGAGCUGCUGAAAUGGUGGGGCUGGGGCUACAAGGACUCCAAGUUCGAGGUGGUCGACAUGGCGGCGCGCUUCACCGGGGAAAGAUACUUAAUAGGCGGGAAGACCCUCCCGCACUUCGCACCAUGGGUGGUUCAGAACCUCAACAUCGACCUCAGCAAGCUGCCCAAAACCACGCCACUUCCCACCUCGUACCCUGACAGCAGGCUGCCCAGCAACGUCCGCGAGGAGCUGGAGACGAUAGCGCUGGUCAGCGUGGAUGGGAUGGACCGGCUGAUCAGGGCGCAUGGGCAGACGCUUAGUGACAUGGCGCAGGUCAGGAGCAACAGCUUCCCGAGGAUACCGGACGCUGUUGUAUGGCCGGAGUGCCAUGAGGAUGUCGUAAAAAUAGUCGCACUCGCAACUCGCCACCAAUUCGUGAUAAUACCAUUCGGCGGAGGCACUUCAGUAUCUGGCUCCAUCACGUGUCCGGCCCGUGAGCCGCGUCCCAUCGUGGCUCUUGACACCAGCGAGAUGAACUCCAUCCUGUGGAUCGACCGCGACCAACUCCUGGCUCGUGUACAAACGGGUAUAGUAGGCCAAGACUUGGAGCGCGAGAUGCGCGCCCGUGGACUCACCGUAGGCCACGAGCCAGAUUCCUACGAGUUUUCAACCUUAGGAGGAUGGGUGGCUACACGGGCCAGCGGCAUGAAGAAGAACACAUACGGCAACAUCGAGGACCUCAUCGUUCAGACCAAGACGGUGACGCCAACAGGAGUGCUGGAGAAGAGUUGCCGCGUGCCGCGCAUCUCCUGCGGCCCGGAGUGGGAGCACGUCGUCAUGGGCUCGGAGGGCUGCUUCGGGGUCGUCACUGAGGUGACGAUAAAAGUGCGCCCACUGCCGCCGGUGACCCGCUACGGCUCGCUCGUCUUCCCGGCGUGGGAGAGCGGCGUGGCCUUCGAGCGGGAAGUGGCCGAGAAGCGGCUCCAGCCGUCCAGCAUACGGCUCAUGGACAACGACCAGUUCCGUUUCGGGCUUGCGCUCAAAUUCGAGUCGUCAUGGGGCGGCGUGAUCCUCGACGGCCUCAAACACCUCUACAUCACCCGCAUCAAAGGCUUCGACCCGGAAAAACUGUGCGUCGUCACGCUACUGUUCGAGGGAGAGGCGGAAGAGGUGACCGAGCGGGAGAAAACGAUCAACGCCAUCGCCGCUAAAUAUGGCGGCGUGCCGGCUGGUGCCACCAACGGAGAGAGGGGGUACACCUUCACCUUUGUCAUCGCUUAUAUCAGAGACUUGGCGCUGGACUACAGCGUGGUGGCGGAGUCGUUCGAGACGUCGGUCCCCUGGGACCGCACGCUGGCGCUGUGCGCCGCCGUCAAGCGCCGCGUGCGCGCCGAGUGCGAGCGCCGCGGGGUCCAGCACUACCACAUCUCCUGCCGACUCACACAGACAUACGACGCCGGGUGUUGCAUUUACUUCUACUUCGGGUUCAACUCGUCGUCGUUCAAGGACCCCGUUGCGAUGUAUGAAGAAAUCGAGGAGGCCGCUCGGGAUGAAAUUAUUGACUGUGGCGGAUCAAUAUCUCAUCACCAUGGUGUUGGUAAACUUCGAAAAAAAUGGUACAAAGAUACAGUAAGCGAACCCGGACGAAGAUUAUUACUCGCUGCUAAGAAAACUCUAGAUCCCGACAAUAUUUUUGCCCUUGGAAACAUGGCGUUUGGCGAAGAGGAACACGAAGAGGCAAUAGUUAAAAGCAAACUAUAGGUGGUACAAAAUAUCACAUAGUUUUACUUAUUGAGAAAACGAGAAUUGACAAUAGGAACUGAUUUUUCAUAGGAAGCAUUUCUGUUAUAGCGUUGAACCAGUUUUGAUUUGUUACUGGGUUUGCGAGCUUGUUUUUUUGGCAAAAUAUUUGGCUUUAAUGCACAUGAUCAAAACAAAAUGUAAUCAUUAUAAAACCCCUUAUUCAUAAAACUUAGUAACCUCUUACUAACAGCUGUUGUAUUUUGUCUGUUUUUAACAUGGACAUGAUUAUCAAUGGUUUGUUACAUUUGACAAACGUUGAUUAAUAACGCCAUAAGCCUACCUUUCUUUGCGGUGUAUUUCACGAUUAUUCAUUUCUUUAAAAACAACAAAUGAAAGCAACGCAAAGACUAAACACAAUAGCAAACCACGAAGUGGCCUUUGGCUUUACAUGAAGAUCUACAAGUUGGGUAUCUUAUUUAUAGGAUUUAUUUAUUUUCCCCGAUUUUAUGGAUGAUAAUGGAUUAGUCUGGUCAGAACAAUGAUUAAAUAUCAUGUAGGUAGCAUAGAUGCGUGUUUGUUGUGAGCAGUGCCUUCGAACAUGCGGUUUUAGUUCGUUAAUUAUUAGAAACUAGGUCGAAGUGAUGUGUCAAACUCAUUUUGAUAAGAUAAUACACGGGUCGCGGCAUAAUUUUAUAUUUUUACAUGAUUAAUUGUUAAUUUUUAAGAAGAUAACAUUUGGGCACCUGAAACAAAGAGCUAUAUUAAGUAUUUUUUAUUAUAAGUGCACUAAUACAAGCAAUUGCUCAAUUUUAUAAAUAAGAAAAUACUCUUUAGACUCCGACCACGCGUAAGUUUACACUGAUUUGGCAGUGACAUUGCUUAUAAUAACCCAUAGGAACACUAUAUUUGACAUAACACCAGCGUGGUCCGAUUCUACCAGUUGUAUAGAUCGAAACUAAUCAUUUAAUUUUACACGGAAGUCUCCGUCACAAUGCCAAGUACUAUGUGCAAUACCUAAGCUUAACAUUCCGUACCAUUAGUUUAAAUUUAGUUAUUGUUAAUAUUGUAUGUACACACGCAAACUGACAAAACAUGUACCUUAAAAUUCAAUUAUGGAAAUUAAAGAAAUUGUGUAAAAAAUUUGUUUCCU